GGGAAUGAGAUUGAGUGCGCAAAAUACACGACGUAAAGCCGCAUAAUGGCGUUAGCCAUUUACAAUCGUUCGAAAGUCUCUGUUGUAUGAGCCCACUCGCACUCACUCUCACUCUCUCUCUUGUACGAUAAAAGAAAACACAAAGAUACAGAAUCAAAACUAAUAUUUUGUUGAUUAUUUUAAUGGUGAUUCUCUCAUCGGAAAAACAAGUAAUAAAACGAAUUCGUGAUAAAAAUUGGUCGCCUAAAUUCAAUAUUUUGCGUAGCUUGAACGUUUCAAUGGAUGAUAUUUGCCGAAUUAAACUGGACUUCUGCAAAUUCCACCUUUAAAUGCGGAAUUAAAUCUCCUUAUUCCAUAUACACUAUAUUUUGCAUUUUGCAAACAUCGAAGACAUCGUGUAUAAUGUCGGUGCAUUAUAAGUUCAAAAGUGCUUUGGAUUUCGAUACAAUCAGUUUCGAUGGGUUACAUAUUUCUGUGGCUGAUUUGAAAAAGGAAAUAAUAAAUAAAAAGAAAUUGGGUAAAACACAGGAUUUUGAUCUGCAAAUUACAAAUGCCCAAACUAAAGAAGAAUACGGUGAAGACUCCUGUCUGAUUCCAAAAAACACAUCAUUAAUAAUAGCACGCGUCCCACUGCCGACGCGAUCAGUGAAAAAAUCAUGGGAUCCAACGGCUGAAAAAGCGGCCGCAUCGGCAUCAGCACGUGAGCGAAAAAAUGCCGAUUCUCAAGCUGGUAACAUCGAUUUAACACUCAUGAAUGGCACGGAAGAGGAAAAAAUCACCGCUAUGAUGAAACAAAGCACAAUGGACUACGAUCCACGCAACUAUCAAAAAGUUCGCGGAUCAGCACAAAUUGGUGAGGUUCCCAGCACUUACAGAUGCUACAAAUGCCAGAAAAUGGGACAUUGGAUCAAAAAUUGUCCACUCAAUGCUCAUCACGAUUCAAGCCAUGCGGAGGUCAAGCGCAGCACUGGAAUCCCCCGAUCCUUUAUAGAUGCCGGAAACUCUCCAGCAACAGAGCCAGUUAAUUUACCGCCCAUCGAAAAGAAACAGGAAAUUCCCGAUGACUUGAUUUGUAGCAUUUGUAAGGAUUUAUUCACAGAUGCUGUUAUGAUUCCAUGCUGUGGUAGUUCAUUCUGUGAUGAAUGUGUCCGUACCGCUCUACUAGAAUCGGAGGACAAUGAAUGUCCAGAUUGUAAUGAAAAAGGAUCAUCGCCAGGUUCAUUGAUUCCAAAUCGUUUUCUACGGAACUCGGUCAACUCUUUCAAAAAUGAAACCGGCUAUAAUAAACCCCGACAACCAAAAAAAACUGUUCCAGUUGUUGAGGAGCCCACUCCACCUCAAAGUGAAGAAAAAGCUGCAAAGACACCACCUCACACGAUAACAGCAAGUAGAGAGGAACCAAUUGCUGCAACCCCAGAUGAAGAAAAAUCGAAUCCACCCGAUGCAGAUGAACCAAAAGAAUCGGAGAAUGAGGAAGCGCCCCGUGAGAGUGGAGCAUCCCGUGCUGAAAGCCCCCAUGAUGAAUCCGAUUUCGAAGAUAAUAUCAUUGUAACUGUGCCGAAACCGCAAACUCAUACGCAUAACUACCACGAUUACCGCGAUCGCCAAAGUAUGAACGGAAGAUACAACCGUUCAUCAAAUGUAAAUGAGGUAGAAGCACCAUCAAAUCAGCCCCAGCCUCACCAGUAUGAAGACAAAGAAUCAUAUGGUAGUAGUGGUGCUGGCCAUGAGAUGAUGAACAAACAUAAUUCAGAAAUGAAUAUGAAUAUGAGAUAUGGAAUGCAGCCACACCAGCAACAGCAUCCACAAAUGAUGCCGCAUAGACAAGCUCCACCAAAUCAAAUGCCACCGAAUCAUUUCCACCAAAAUUCAUCGGCUGGCGGUCCAAACCCAUGGUGGAAUCAUCCAAAUCGAUAUGGACACUCAAUGCCUGGAAUGCACCAGAAGGACAUGAAACCAAAUGAAGCUGACAUGCAUUCACAUCAACAAAUGGGCCAAAUGCAUCAUCGCUACGGACCAAUGCCACAUCAACAGGCUCCGCAAAUGCAUCGUGGAUAUCCGCCAAUGCAACACCAAGCGCCACCACAAAUGCAUCAUCGCCCAAUGAUGCAUCAAGAGUCAAAUAUUGUGGCAACCGCUUUUCAAGGAGUUGCAAGUAAAAUUGGAACCGGCAUAAUUGAAGAUCCUCUUGCCGCUUUCGAACAAAUCAUGAAAGAAAAAGAAAGGCGGAAAAAAGAAAGAAGAGCGGUUAUCGAUUCACCACCAAGGCGUAGAUCCCGUUCAAAUGAACGAAGACGAUCACCAAUGGAUAGGGCAAGGCAUAAUUCUUCAGAUAGCCGAGACCGUGGUCGAUCAACAGGAAAGGGUGAGCGUUCAUCAUCAAGGAAUAGAGAUCGCCGGAGCGACAAACGCGGUCGAUCUCCGGACAGGAGACGCAGCCCUGUCGAAAGACGACGACGUAGAUCUGGUUCAUACCACUCACGUCAGUCUCGUUCUUAUUCAAGAUCCAGGUCAAAUACGCCACCCCGGAGGCAUUCACGAUCACCACCAAGGAAACACUCAAGAAGUCCACAAGAUCGUAGGUCACGUAGUCGAUCUGCGUCUUACUCGAUGAGCCGAAAUCGAGACCGUUAUCGGGAUGGUAAUCGAAGAGACCAUCGGGAUAGAGACGAUUAUCGAGAUAGGUCACCAAACUUCUAUCAUGGCCGUGGUCGUGGAUCGUAUAGAGGCAGAGGACGAGGUAAUUACUAUCGCCAGGAUCGUAAUGCACCCCAACAACAUCAAUCUGGGAUGGGACAACAACACCCGAAUGUACCAUAUUAUGACCAGUCUAUGAAUUUAAUGAACACAGGCAUGUCUAGUGGUCAAGGAGGAUAUAAUGACGGAGUAUACCAUGAUCCAUCAAACAGAUAUGCACCGGUGCCAAUGCACUCGCCAUCUAAUGUCCACGUUGGAGGUCUACAGCCAAAUCAUGAGUUUGCAUCGCAAAUUGGACAUGCGGUUCAAGAAAUUCAUCCUAUUGAAUCAAAUAGCUACAGUAAUGAAGCGAGUCAAUCUUACUCGAGUAAUUCGUACGAUGUGCUGCCACCAGGAGUUGAUCGUGAACCACCUCCACCUGGCUUUGAAAAUGAGGAACAACAUUCUCAACAUCAAUCACGUCCACAUGUCAAUCGAGAUAGUCGAUCUCCGACGCGACCAAACAAUGAGAGAGAACGUGUUGACCGGUCUGAGCGGAAACAUCACAGUAAGUCACCAUCAUCGCGUGAACAAAUACGAAGUAAGAGUGGGGAAAAUCGAAAUCAAUAUGAAAAAUAUGAAAAAGAAGAUAAAAAGGAAUCAAGUAGCCGGCCCAAAGAAUCGGAGAAAAAGGAUCAACGCGAAAAGGAAAAAUCGGUUCGUGAAAGAGAAAAGGAGAAAGAAAAGGAAAAGGAAAAAGAAAAGGACCGAGAAAAAGAAAAACAUUAUAUCGAAAAGAAAUCCAAAGACAAGAAAAAGAAAAAGAAGGAAGAAAAAUCGAUUGAGAAAAAGCGUAAGAAGGAUAAGAAGGAGAAGCGCGAUAAGGAUGGCAAAAAAUCAAACAAAAGCCAUUCGCACUACUCUUCAGGCAAUGAAGAUAACAAACAUGCAAAUUCCAUUGAAAAGGAAUUACCACCUGGCAAAGCGUUACAAGACACAAACGAGGAAACUUCGUUCAGUCACUCGACAACACCACCGCCGCUGCCGCAACAGAAAAAUAUGCAUAAGCUUGCGCCGGCUGACGAGGAUGCCAAUAUCGAUUUGUAUGGUGAUAUCAAUAUGGAAGUGGAAAGCGGGGAGAACAAUAAUCCUAAUGAAGACUUUGGUAUCACAAAUAGCCCACCUAGAUUGAACAGAUUCGAUUCAAUCCUAGACAUACAUACAAAUGUGGACUUUGAAGAAACCGAUUUACCCGAGAGCGAAUCGGAAAUGACACAAAUGAAACAAGCUGUCGCUGAAGAGUCAUUUGUUACACUACCUGAACCAUCAAAAUGGGAACGCGACGAAGAUUCAUUAGCUGAAAAAUCAUUGGUUGAUUCAACACCCGUUGACGAUCAAACCAAAGUCACCAAUGAAGUGUUGAAACGAGCUGAGAAUGCCAUUUUUGCGAGAGCAAUCAAUGCCAUACGGCCGAUCGAAAUAAAGAAAAUUUGUCCAGAACGUCAAAAAUUGUAUUCGAAUGAGUCAUCGGUGGUGACAAAUGAGCACGAAAAAUCAAUGCCACCUGUGGGACAUGCGACCGAUAAGCAGACCGAUGAUUUACAAGUGCAAAUAACAGUUGUCAAUUCGGAACAAGAACGUUCCGUUGAGAUCAAAAGCGGUUCGAGACAGCAACGCAACAAAACGCCAAUCCGUUCCAUCAAGGAACGAUUGGGCAAGAAAUUAAACGAAGACACUAAAAGUCGAAGCCGAACACCACAACGCAAAAUUAUUACGGAUAGCCGAAAUGAUGUAUCGGCCAAUAGGCGAUCUAAGGAGCGCAGAAGUCGCGACAAUGAAAGAAGACAACGCGAUAACCGAGAUAGAAAAUAUCGAAGUCCAAAAAGCAAUGAUAACCGUCAUAGUUCUGUCACACGCCGCAACGAUAGCCAAAAACCAUCAGAAAAAAGUUACCGAGAAAAGGAACGAGGACGAAAUUCUAGUGAAAAUCGUGACACAAAAGAGGUUAGAGAUGGUAAAAAGAGUGGCCGCCGGGAUCGCAAAGAUUCUCCAUUGGAUUUGGGACGUGAAGAGCAUAAGGUUCAAGUAGAAAAAGCAACACGGGACUCUGAACGGGAGCGGGAGCUUCAUAAAGCUAGAGUUCGAGCCAGAAUACGCGAAGAAGAGCGAACAAAAUCACAACAAGAGGGUACCGCUUCAGUUGAUCGUUCAUCAGCCAAAGAUAAGUUUACAUCAGACCGUCGUCGAAAACGAUCCGAGUCAAAUGCAGAAAGUCAAAGGGUCAAUACAUCCUUGGAUCAAAAGCGUCAGGAUAUCGAUGAAUCGAAUUUCGAGCCGAACUAUGAACCACAUCAAAGUGACGAAUCGAUACUCAAAUCAGAAUCAACUGACCAUCGCAUGGUUCGCUCGAAGAGUAAAACGAAACAUGAAAGUGGGAAGCGCUCACGUUCUUCGUAUUCUUCCAGUAGCUCUUCGUCGGAUUCGAACUCGUCUGACUCGAGCUCAGAAUCGGAAGAGCGCAAGAAAAAACGGAAGAGAAAGCAUAAAAAACAGAAAAAAUCGAAAAAAUCCAAGAAGAAGAAGAAGACCAAGAAAUAGUUUUGAUUAUUUCGAUUUGAAAUUGCGAUGACGUAAACUAUUUUUCUGAGCGAAUUUUAUACAGACUAAGUAUGUACACUUGGCAAUAAAAAAAAAAAACAAAAACAA